UAUAGAGACAACCAUGUCUGAAGAACUACCAACUUAUGAAUAUACAAUCGAUGUUCAACAUCUUAACUUUGAUUAUGGAGGUCCUCUUAUUCUGAAUGAUAUCAAUCUUUCUCUCAAGGCUGGAAGUCGGUGCAUUCUUGUGGGGGCUAAUGGUGCCGGUAAAACGUCUCUUUUACGUAUCUUGGGUGGCAAACGUAUGAUAUCGGGUACUCAUAUCAAUAUACUUGGUAAAAAUGUAUUUAAAGAUGCUCCAAAGGGUGUCACCUAUUUGGGAACAGAAUGGGCAAAUAAUCCUGUAGUACGAUCUGAUUUAUCUGUGGGGUAUCUAUUGUAUAGUAUGGGAUCAACACGAUGGCCAGAAAGAGCACGACGAUUAUUGGAAGUAUUGGAUGUGGAUACCAAUUGGCAUAUGCAUCAAAUUUCAGAUGGUCAACGACGUCGAGUACAAUUAGUCAUGGGAUUACUGCAUCCAUGGAACGUAUUAUUGAUAGAUGAAGUAACUGUGGAUUUAGAUGUACUUGCACGAUCUGAUUUUUUGGCUUUCCUCAAGGAAGAAACAGAAACUCGUGGAGCUACUAUUGUUUAUGCAACUCAUAUUUUUGAUGGUUUGGGUCAAUGGCCUACUCAUAUUGCUCAUAUGUCUGAGGGUAGAAUCACAGAAAUGCAUGCUAUGGAUGAUCACUUUGUAGCAUUAGAAAGGGUGAAGAAGGAUAAUCAACAACGACAUAGUUUGGAUUCACCAUUGAUGGAAUUAUGUUAUGAAUGGCUACGUCAAGAUAGAGCUCGAAUUCGUAUGUCUGGUGAUAAGAAACCCAUUGAUCCGGAAACUGGUCUACCACAUUCUAAAUGGGAUGAACUGGGUGCGAAUAUGAAAGAUUAUGGAGAUAAAUAUUACAAUUAUUGGAAAUAAAUUUAGAUUAGAAUGUAGCACCUCCCUUUUUUGAUCGUUAUUAUGAAUAAAAUUCAGAUUUCCCUAUACAGUUACG